CCCAGGCUCGUCACAUUACUGUGAGCAUGCCAGGAAAGCACUUCAGAAGAACUAAAAGCUGAAGCUUACCUGAAAGAAUUACUACAAACCUCAACAUUGCGAAGGUGCACUCCUCUCGAGUAGCCAACCAAAAGGGUGAAGUAUGGCAUCUGUGUUCACUAUCACUACUGGUGAAACGCUGAACACCCACGAAAGCUUCAAGUCACAUCUCCCUUGGUGUUCGUUCAAAAAUGUGUCUAACAUCACAGACUGUGAUGUCAUCCUUGCUUUCUGCCCAGUCACAUCUCGAGUUGGAAUUAACAUUGUGGCCGCAUUGCAAGACAUUCCAGAGGGCAAACCUUUAGCGUUGGUAGUGCUUCAUCACACAUUUGACAGCAACUACGCUUUGCCCGACACAAAGAGGUUCAUGAAGCGGCCCGACUCCAUCAUUGUGGACUGCCUGUUCACUGAUGAUGGACUGAUGAGAUGCCCUUGUAAUGAUGACGCAGUGCGAGCUGUCGCCAAGUUCCUGCGGCAACACCAAAAAAGCAGUCUGAGAGGCAAGCUGGCCCUGGGCCUGGUCGCCCUGAUGUUGUUCUAUGUGGCAGUUUCCACUUUCACAGACUUCACAUUAACAACAAAUACAUCACAUGACAAAAACAGGUCAAGCAUUUCUGACAAAACAAAGAGAACAAACGUAUCACAGAGAUUUAAACCAUUUAUGUUAUUUUAUGUCAAAUACAAGGCAAAAAACAAAUGCUUUCUGGGUGUAUGGGGGACGCGACAGUGCCAAGCUAGGUAUACCACCCGACAGCUAGCAGCUGAGAUAAUUCAUGCCAAGAAAGAAGUUGAACUGAACAUGCAGUACAACUAUAAGGAAUUGGAGGGGAAAGUAACUCAAAUACAAAAUUCUCACAAGGAAGAGGUCAAAACCUAUAAGAAAUUGGACAGGGAAAAAAAUGACAGAAUUAACUCUCUAGAGGAAGAGGUAAAAACCUAUAAGAAAUUGGACAGGGAAAAAAAUGACAGAAUUAACUCUCUAGAGGAAGAGGUAAAAACCUAUAAGAAAUUGGACAGGGAAAAAAAUGACAGAAUUAACUCUCUAGAGAAAGAGGUCAAAACCUAUAAGGAAUUGGACAAGGGAAAAAAUGACAGAAUUAACUUUCUAGAGGAAGAGGUAAAAACAAUUCGUUUUGGAUUUGGAAUCUUAUCUCUGAUGUGUAUAAUUCUUGUUGUAUGUUUGUGCUUUGCAUGCUCUAAAUGAGCAUCAUUACUCAUUGCCAAAGUGACUAGCUGAGCAAAUUCAAAUUUGCGAAAACACUUGACGGAAGAUGCAUGCAAAGAAAAGGAAAAGAGCUUCAGACAGAGGGAGGGGGAGUUUUGUAGAGAAAAAGCAUCAGGCUUGCCUGGUGUCCCUUUAAUAGGUGCUGCUACACCACAUGUAGGGUACAAUGAUAUGCUUCCAAGUAAAGUCAGUCAUAAAAACUAGGUCUAAUUCAAGACUCUAUUCCUCAGUGGUUCCAUGUUGGUGGAAUGAGUUGCCCAGUGCUCUCCGUUCCUGUGGUAGUUUU